AUGGCGGAGCAAGUACUUCUGUCUGUUAAACCAGAGCCAACGCAAUUCGCAGCAGCGUCCUUCAUCGAGCGCAACAGCACAUGGCCACACCAGCAGUCGCGAAAGUCUUCAACAUCUAGCAAUGCUACAUUGCGCGAACUCCUUGGAUCAUGGGGCAUCCUCUCCUCUACACCACCUAGCUGUUCUGCUGUGAGCUUCUCCAGUUGGACCCGGUUCACCGCAUCCACUACAAGCACCACCCCGCCCGGUGAGCUCAAGGCUUCAACGCUGUGCAAAGGGAGUGGACUUUCAGCAUCUUAUGAUCCUCCGGCGAGCGAGUGGGCGUACCUUGGUGCUGAUCAGCCGGUUGGUGCCGAGAACCCUGAACAUAUACGACGAACCAAGAAUCGGCGACAGCGCAAGACGGCCAGCUGGACCACGGCGUCUUCUCCAAGCGACGGUGGGCGAAAGAGUGAACCGAUCCAGUUCCGGAAACAGGAGCUGAAGCAAGUAAACACCAGUUCGCAGCUUACGACCUCAAUCAAGAUGUCAGCAGCCCCGGCAAAGCAGCUCUCCAAGACAGAGACAAUGAUGAAGAGGCUAGGAAUUGAGGGUAUGAAAUGCGAGGAGCUACCAUCGGCGUUCGACUCAGACAGUGAGGAGGAGGACGAGUGA